AUGCCCCCGCAAAACGAAAAGAGCGGCCUGAAAAGGGGGAGAAUAAGCGCCGGGAACCCCGAGCCAGAUGUCAAAAAACCCAGGCGCUCGGAACGUAUAUCAUCACAAUUGGCGCAAUCGCAAGUAGUUCGAAAGAACAAGCCGUAUACUCCUACUCCGCUUACCUACCAAGCGUCUACGGCAACCGAACUUCAUAAAGAGGCCACUGCCACGCCCCCUGAAGGGCGUCCUAGCCAACUUCGGCAUUAUACACCUGCACUCGACAAUCUGACACAGUUUUCCUCUCCGCCGGGCGACACACAAGCAUUCUCGCAAAACCUUUCCCGCGCAUUUGUGACCGGGGUCGAAGAUGAGGCAGCAGAAGGUGUUUGGGGCUAUCUCGUUCCGCUGGAUAACAGAUUCGGGGACACUCUCGUGUUGAGAAAGAGGGACACGUGUUUUUCGACUCCUGUUUGCGGAGCCGCCAAAAAUGGCACUUCUCGUUUGAAGCGCAGGAAGGGAAAGGAGAAGGCUACUCCAAGGGAACUGAACCCAAGCGGUUACCUGAUAGGUCGCCAUUCUGAAUGUGCCGGGCUGAAUCGUUCGCCGGUGUUUCCAAAGCCCUUGAACCAUCGGCUAAUUGUCGCUGCAGAUCUAAUCCUAGAGAUACCCACAAUAUCAAACCGUCAUUGUUUGAUCUUCCACGAAAACAGAAAGGGAGACUCCGUGGCAAUUUUAGAAGACCUGUCCAGCAAUGGUACGUUUGUCAAUGAGGCCAUUGUCGGUCGCAACAAACAUCGCGAACUUGAGGAUGGAGACGAGAUUACUGUCCUCGAUGAAGCUCGAUUCAUAUUUCGCUAUCCUAGAAAUCGAAACACCGGAGGGUUUCGACAACAGUACCGCAUUCUAGAGCAGUUAGGCAAGGGUCAUUUUGCGACCGUAUACCUUUGUGCCGAGAGAGCCACCGGUGCCAAGUAUGCCGUCAAAAGGUUCGAGACUCGCAUGGGGAGUUCCAAUAAAUCUGAUAACGACGCCCUUCAACAGGAAAUUGCGGUUCUCAAGAGUGUUAAUCAUACAAAUGUACUUUGUCUUAAAGAUACCUUUGAGGAGAGUGACGCUGUCUACCUGAUACUUGAGCUUGCCCCGGAAGGCGAGUUGUUCAACUGGGUUGUUUCCCACCAAAAGCUUACAGAGGACGAGACACGCCAUUUAUUCCUUCAGUUGUUCCAGGGUUUAAAGUACUUGCAUGAGCGUAACAUUGUGCAUCGGGAUAUCAAGCCUGAAAAUAUACUGCUCAUGGAUAAGCAUCUUACAGCUAAAUUGGCAGACUUUGGCCUUGCCAAAAUAAUAGGCGAAGAUUCUUUUACUACCACUUUAUGUGGUACGCCGAGUUAUGUUGCACCGGAAAUUCUAGAAAACAGUAAGCAUCGAAGAUAUACGCGCGCUGUUGAUAUCUGGUCGCUUGGGGUUGUCCUGUACAUCUGUCUCUGCGGGUUUCCACCUUUUUCUGAUGAGCUUUACACCGCUGAGAACCCUCUCACCCUGGCAGACCAGAUAAAAAUGGGCCAAUUUGACUAUCCCUCUCCAUAUUGGGACUCGGUUGGCGACCUAGCUCUCGAUUUGAUUGAUAGGAUGCUCACGGUUGACGUCGAUAAACGAAUUACAAUUGAUGAAUGUCUGCAACACCCCUGGCUAACUGGGAAAUAUCCUAGUGUUGCAGAUAGCACGGAUGGUUUAACCGGAGCGAUGGGACAGCUAGAUUUCUCAAGGCGAAAAAUGGAGCGGGAAAGGACUCUUCUGAGCAACAUCAACGAUGUUGUUGUCAGCCAGGUUUUAGAUGACGACCGUGAACAUGGUUAUGGACAGGUUAAGAUCUUUGAUAAAAAUACGGCAGGGAAGAGAGUGCAUAACCAGCCUGCAAAGGGGCCGAAAUAUCGCCCGGAACCGAAGCCGGCUGACAAUCGAGACCCGGGCGAAUUCAUGCAUCUGGGAGGCCGUGGUGACCAGACGUUAUUUGCCCACGAUCCUGACAGCCGAUACGAAUCUGAUGAAGCUCCUCGGGGGCGGCGACGAACUUGA